AUGCCUACAAGCAGUAAACAACUGUCAAACUUCAGGAAGACACUUUAUUGUUCUACUUCUGGGCAGGAGAAAGCUGAAUCACCUGGAGUGGAGAGAAACAGCAAGUUCAUUUUCCUGUACAGCUGCUCUCUGCCAGAUCAGAAUCUUAUGAACUUCACUUACAACAAAAGACAGGAACCAUUAUGGACCCAAGUGAAAUGAGCAAUAGAGAGGUGAAGCAAAGAAGCUCGCAGGAGAAGACCAGGAGGGAAGAGGAAACACAAUUGCUCCAUGCAGAAGCUGAACACCUGGAGAAAAUUACUGCCCACAUCCAAUGGAAGAGACACCUGGAGGUAAUAAAGGCGAAGAUACUAGAAGAGGUACACAAUCAGCUGAGUGAUCUAUUAGACAAGACCUUAGAAGAAGCAGCUCAUUCCAGACCCCAGCAAUUGAGCGUCAUUCCAGCAAAGCAGGAAAGCAGAGAGAAGGGUCAGCUACUGAAGAAGAAAGUCUUUGUCCCUCAGUGGUCCUUGUUUGACACAUUGCUGGAGGUGGAACAUUUCCGCACAAUCCAUCACAUAUUUGUGGCCAUGCUCUGUAUCUUUGUCCUCAAACAAAUCACUGUGGAUUCCAUCGAUGAAGGACGUCUUGUUUUGGAUUUCGAGCUCUUUAUCAAUGGCUUUCGACAGCUGCCCACAGCACUCUUGGCCUGGCUCUGCAUGUUCCUCUACACCUUAUUUGUGCCCUUUCAGGCCCUGCAAAUGUGGUCAGGCUGCUUGAAGACGACCAGGUUCCCCAACCUCUUGACGGCCACCUUGGUGUUCCUGGUGCUGCUCUGCCAUGCUGCAGUGCUGGGAUUCUUCCCUGUCUAUAUUAUUGUCUACUCUAAUUUGGGAAUUGCCUCCCGUAAAAUUGUCCUCUUUGAGCAGAUCCGGUUCCUGAUGAAAAGCUACGCAUUUCUGCGAGAAUCAAUGCCUCCUCUUCUCCAUGCCAGGAACCAAGUUGGGAAGAUAAGCUGUCCUGAAUUCUCAACCUACUUAUAUUUUCUCUUCUGCCCUACUUUGAUCUACAGAAAGAGCUAUCCAAGAGAUCCAUACAUCCGCUGGAAUUACGUCAUCCGAAAACUGGUUGAGUUCCUGGCGGGUGUUUAUUUUCUGAAUUUCCUUCUGAAAUACUACUUCAUCCCAUACUUUGGCAACAUACAUAAGCAGCCCUUCACCAUCAAAAUCCAGCUGCUUUCCAUCUUUGAUUCAGUAAUACUGGGACUAUCAUUUCUUUUAAUAAUCAACUAUACCUUCUUGCACUGCUGGCCAAACGCAUGGGCUGAGAUUCUGCGCUUUGCAGACCGUUCCUUCUAUAAGGACUGGUGGAAUUCCACAUCAUUCUCGACAUUUUUUCGGUCAUGGAAUGGGAUUGUACACGAUUGGCUGUACUGGUAUAUUUAUCAAGAUUUUCUGUGGCUGAUGGGAAAGAGAGCUCGAGCUGGAGCUAUGUUCAUGGUCUUCCUUUUGUCAGCGGUUGCUCAUGAAUACAUAAUCACCUUCUCUUUUGGCUUCUUCUAUCCUAUCCUGUUUGUGUUUUUUGCCAUGAUUGGAGUGUCCUUUCAUUUUGUUCUCAAUGAUAAGAGAAAAGGCCCUUUCUGGAACAUCAUCAUAUUGCUAUGCCUCCUUUUGGGCUCAGCAAUGUUUUUCUCCUUAUACUGCCAAGAGUUGUUUGGACAGGUCCACUGUCCACUCAAGGAGAAGACCUUCUGGGGGCAAGUGACUCCACGUUCCUGGUCUUGCCACCCAUAAGAAACUAUUUGCAGCCUACUCUAACCUUCUACUUUGCUUCCAAAAUGAAGUCUCACAAGGGUAGCACAUUACCCUGCUGCUGCGGCAACAAGGACUCCCAGCACAUCAUGCAUCUCCUCCGCUCCCUCCAUCGAAAACUGCAUUUGGAAAUUCCUUACCCGAGAGUGCUAAAGUUUGGUUUGUAGGUUCGAAGGCUCUCAUCUAGUGGAGACAGAAUAUCUAUAAAGAUCCCUGCUGUGUCAAAUUCAUGGCUCUUCUUGGUGCUCAAAAUCCAGGCAAAAGGAGCUAAGGAAAAUUUAUAAAUGGCAAUCUUUAGUUGCCUCCAAGACUUACAAAAUUAUCUCCCUUUCUUAACCUACUU